AUGUUCAGCCGACUCGUCAGGCCGAGCGCUUUGCGCGCGGCGUCAUUCCAGACACCUACCUCCGCCCUGCGAUUCCAGACCCGUGCCCUGCACCGUAUCCCUCAAUUGCAGCACGAUGCUUAUUACAAGGAGAAUGGUAUCCCGGAAUUCAUGUCUCCAGAGGCCUUCGACUUUGCUUGGACGCAAUACCAGACCCUCCUCGUUGAUAAGCUCAACCUCUUGACACAAGACACCGUCGAUGCGGACGCCAAGCCUGGAGAGUUGCUGGUCAAGUACUCCAAGCGCCCGGAGAUGGCCUCGGUGUUCAACUAUGCUUCCAUGGCGCACAACAACCACUUCUUCUUCAACUGCCUUUCCCCCACUACCACCAAGAUCCCCGAGAAGUUCGCCAAGGACAUCGUUGACACCUGCUCCUCCGUCGAGUCCCUGAAGAUGGAUUUCCUGGCCACUGCCAACGCCAUGUUCGGCCCCGGUUUUGUCUGGCUGGCUAAGAACCUGGAGCGCGAGGGCCUGAUGCAAAUCUUCUGCACAUACAACGCCGGUUCGCCCUACCCAGCCGCCCACUCCCGACGUCAGCCCGUUGACAUGGCCACCCACUCCCCCGACGCGCCCCUCGGCAACCAGUUCGCUGGCUCUAUGGGUGCUCACUCCCAGAACCAGAAGAGCCUCGCUCCCGGUGCCAUUGACGUGCAGCCUAUUCUGUGCGUGAACACUUGGGAGCACGCGUGGAUGAUGGACUACGGCAUUGCAGGCAAGGAGGAGUACCUUGAGCGAUGGUGGGAUCGAAUCAACUGGGAUGUCGUGUUUGACAACUAUAACGCGAUCAGCUCAGUAAAGGGUGCGCGCAGCUCCGUCACCCGCGACCGAAGCCUGAGCAUGCUUUAG